AUGACAAGAACAAAGUCUUCCACCCCCACCGGCAACGGCAACGGCAACACCUGCGCGACCGGGUCGUCGGCCACCCCAACUGCGACGCGCCGACAGGCUUCUGCAAGACCCGGAAAAGCGAGAUCCCUCGCUUGUCGACAAUGUCGCGAUCGUAAAAUUCGUUGCGAUGGUGCCCGUCCUGUUUGCGAUUCGUGUUCCAGACGAGGUCUUUGUGCGGAGCAGUGUGUAUAUCCCGAAAUUGAGCACGAAGGGUCUAUCGCUUCGUCGCGCAGUUAUAUUCGCGCUCUUCAAAAACGAGUACAAGAGCUCGAAGAAAAAGAAAGGCAAUUGGAGCUUGUCGCUCAUGGCCGCGAUGCAUUCGCCGCGAAUACACCUGCGCAUGAUGAAUGGAGAAAAUACUCUACAUCUCCCAGUGUAGUUUCGGAGCGUAUGACACGUCCCCCGAGACCUGUUGAUCAUGCUCUUCCACCAAUUCAUGUCGAUUCUGGGUAUCCUCUCCCCAGCAUCCCUGCCAGAGCCGGUUCCCUACCCAUGGUUCAUGAGCCUGCAAGCUGCUACUCUCGCCAGCAUCAUCCCAUGGGUGCAAGUCCACCCUUGACCGACGAUCUCGAGGAUGCCGCUCCUGUCAAGCCCUCUUCAUUCGGUUCUUAUUCCUCCAACGUCAAGGCUGCUUUGAUGCUCCAGAAGAUCACCCUCCCUCCAGCAGACCUUAUGGACGAGCUAUUAGCCGAGUAUUUCAACAUUGACUGGAUCACAAUGCCUAUUGUCCAUCUUCCAUCGUUCUAUCAACGGUACCAUCGCCUCAUUGCUGUCGCCAACUCUCGUUAUCGUCGCGACAUUCCCCUCGAAGAAGCAACCGAACUCGCCGCUACGUACUCUCUCCUUUUCGGAAUGCUUGCCAUCGGCCAACUCGCGAAAUCGACGGUCACCGAAUCCGCCGAGUCUCACCUCGCUCAUGCAUACGAAUUCCAUCAACAGGCCAAGACGCUGCUGCUUGUCGAUCUUUUGUCCGUAGCCUCUCUUCCUGUAGUGCAGGCGUUAGUUGUUCACACUCGGUUCUUGCGACGGGCGGGUGCACCUCAGGAGAGUUGGAUUUUGACUGGGAUGGCUUAUCGUCUUGCAGAGGGUCUUAUGCUUCAUGUCGAACUACCAGGAAAAGCGCAGGCCGAGCGCGAGGAGCGAAGGAGAACAUGGUGUGCUUGUGCUCUACUUGUUAGAAUGCAAAACUCUUCUGAGAGUCAAAGACCAUCAUUUGGCACACUGCCCGAAGAAAUUGACGACGAACAUCUUGAGUUUUAUGCAAAUAACAUCAACAGGAGCCAGCCUUGCGACAUGCCCUCAAAAAUAUCGUUUUUCAACCAAACACUGAAACUCUCCGACAACAUCCUGCAACCUAUUCACGAUGCCUACUUCAGCCAGAAAACAAGCUGUAAAGAAACAACCCCAGACAUUUUAUCUACUGCACUCAAGCUUGACUGUGAGUUGGAGGAAUGGCAUGCUGCUCUACCCGAGCAUUUGCGUGUCAAGUUUCCCUGCACACAGCCCGAAGCAAUCUUUCGCCGCCAGGCUACUCUGCUACGCAUGAGAUAUCUCGAAACCAAGGCUCUGAUUCCCCGAGCGGCAAUCAUGAAGCUCAUCAGCAGCAACACAACGCAGCCAGCGUCUCUGAUGGCUAAAUCGAUGCUUGCGGGAUUGUUCGAGUCCUGCUACGCUGCAAGUGUGGAACUUGAGGAUAUCAUGGCACGCGAAAAGAGGUUGAUCACUUUUGACGGACCUCCUGAGAGUCAAUCUGCCAUUGUUCUGAGCAUAGUCGGCAUGACUUUCAUUAUCUUAGUUCAACAUCCUCUCUUCAGAGACGUCAUCACCAACCCCGUCCUCAUAACCGACGAAGCAAGACGCUGCCUCGCCACAGCAAAGCAAUACGCAAAUAAAAUCAGCUCACUAUCUGAGCGUUUCGUACAUGCUCUAGAGUCAGCCUUGCAGCCUGUAUCGCGAUGCACUUCUCCGCGUGGCGCGCUGGACCCGGCACUGGAUCCCAAGACUGGGCCCAUGUUGGCGAACCUCACAGAGGCCUCUGGGGCUGUGGAGAUGGCACUUCUCGAGGCCUGGUAUAUGAAGAGGCAGGAUCUCAUUUCUGCAUGCGGAUUGCCUGUUACAGAAGUCGUUUCUUUGUGGUAG